AUGAAACAAGACAUUAAUAAUUAUGUCUUUGAACAAUUAGAUAAUAAUUUCAAUAAUUCUGAAGAAGAACGUAUAAUCGAUGAAAUAAUUGGUAAAAUUGAAAAAAAAUUUGAUACAUUAAACGAAAAG